AUGGAUCCCUCUAAUCCUGAGGAAUCUUCUCAUCAAUCACGGACUGUUACUCCAGAUGACCAUCUGAGAUCUCACAGUGCGGAGAGAUCAACAGAUCCAUCUAAUCCCGAGGAAUCAUCUAUAACCCAACGAGUUCAUACAGGAGAGAGCUCAUUGUCAUGUUCCUUGUACGGGAAAUCACUUAAUAAAAACAGCCUUCUUAGACACCAUAGAACUCACACAGCUGUGCGUCCUUUCUUAUGUUCAGUGUGCGGGAAGUGUUUUUUGGAGAAAGGACAUCUACUUAUACAUCAGAGAAUUCACACAGGCGACCGUCGAUAUUCAUGUUCAGAGUGCGGCAAAAGUUUCAUUCAGAGAGGGGACCUUCGUAAGCACCAGCGAAGCCACACAGGCGAGCGCCCCUAUUCAUGUACAGAGUGCGUAAAAUGUUUCAUUCAGAAAGAAGACCUUCUCAAACACCAGAGGAUUCACACGGGGGAGCGCCCUUAUUCGUGCACAGAGUGCGGAAAAAGCUUCAACCUAAAAGGAAACCUCCAUAAACACCAGAAGAUUCACAACGGCGAACGUCCCUUUUCGUGUUCGGUGUGCGGGAAAUGCUUCAUCCGGAACACUUCGCUUGUUAGGCACCAGAAGAUUCACACGGGGGAGCGUCCCUUUUCGUGUUCAGAGUGUGGGAAGUGUUUCAUUCAGAAAGGAGAACUUAUAAUACACCAGAGAAUUCACACGGGGGAGCGUCCUUUCUUAUGUAUGGAGUGUGGGAAAUGUUUCGGUUAUAGAAAAGCGCUUAGUAGACACCAGAGAGUUCACACGGGAGAGCGUUCCUUUCCAUGUUCAAUCUGCGGGAAAGCUUUCGCCGAUAACAGAAAACUUUCUCGUCACCAGAGAAUUCACACGGGUGUGCGUCCCUAUCCAUGUUCUGAGUGCGGAAAAUGUUUUUCUGUCAGAGGGAAACUUCUUAUACACCAGAGGAUUCAUACGGGAGAGCGUCCUUUUUCGUGUUCGGAGUGUGGAAAAUGUUUCGCGGAGAAAGGAAAACUUCAUUUGCACCAAAGAAGUCACACGGGCGAGCGUCCUUAUUCAUGUUCGGAGUGCGGGAAAUCUUUCAAUCAGAAAGGAAACCUUCUUAAACACCAAAGAUGUCACACGGGAGAGCGUCCUUAUUCGUGUUCACUGUGUGGGAAAUGUUUCAUUGAGAAAAAUGCUCUUCUUAUACACCAGAGGAUACACACAGGCGAGCGUCCCUAUUCAUGUUCAGAGUGCGGGAAAUGCUUUAUUCAGAAAGGAAACCUUCUUAAGCACCAAAAACGACACACAGGAGAGAGACCAUUUUCGUGUUCAGAAUGCGGGAAAAGUUUCACUAAGAAAACAGCAUUUCUUACACACCAGGGUACACACACAGGUGAAAGUCCCUAUUCAUGUUCAGUGUGUGGGAAAACAUUUCUUCUGAAAAAUGCUCUUGAUAGACACUAUAAGAUACACACCGGUGAGGGUCCUUAUUCAUGUUCAGAGUGUGGGAAAUGUUUCAUUCAAAAGGCCAACCUUCUUAAACACCAGAAAAAUCACACAGGGGAGCGUCCUUUUUCUUGUUCCGAAUGUGGGAAAUGUUUCACUGACCAAAAUGUGUUACUUUUACACAAGAGAAGUCACACAGGUGAACAUCCUUAUUCAUGUUCAGAAUGUGGGAAAUGUUUUGUUAAUAAAGGAGAGCUUCGUAAGCAUCGGAGAAGUCAUGUGGGUGAGCAGACAUAUUCAUGCUCAGAAUGUGGGAAAAGUUUUAAUGAGAAAACAACAUUUGUUGUACACCAAAGAACUCACAUGGGUGAGCGUCCCUUUUCAUGUCCAGAGUGUGGGAAAAGCUUCAGUCAAAAAGGAAACCUUCAAAGACACCAGAGAAUUCACACAGGUGAACGUCCGUAUUCAUGUUCAGAGUGUGGGAAAUGUUUCAUUCAGAAAAGGGACCUCUUUAGACACCAGCGAUGUCACACGGGAGAGCAUCCCUAUUCAUGUUCAGAGUGUGGGAAAUGUUUCACCGACAAAACUGUACUGCUUCUACACCAGAAAAUUCAUACAGGCGAGCGGGACUAUUCAUGUUCAGUGUGUGGGAAAUGUUUCAUUCAGAAAAAUUCGCUGGUAAGACACCAGAGGAUUCACACGGGUGAGCGUCCUUAUACAUGUUCAGAGUGCGGGAAAUGUUUCAUUCAGAAAGCAGACCUUAUCGACCACCAGAGGAUUCACACAGGUGAUCGUCCUUUUGCAUGCUCAGAGUGCGGAAAAAGUUUCAGUUAUAAAAAAUCACUUAUGACACACCAGAGAGUUCACUCAAGAAAUAACCCGGGGGAGCGUCCUUAUGCAUGUUCAGAGUGCGGAAAAUCUUUCAAUCAGAAAGGAAACCUUCUUAAACACCAGAGAUGCCACACUGGAGAGCGUCCUUUUUCAUGUUCAGAGUGUGGGAAAAGUUUCAUUGAGAAAAACGCACUUGUUAUACACCAGAGAAUACACACAGGUGAGCGUCCUUAUCCGUGUUCGGAGUGCGGGAAAUGUUUUGUUCAGAAAGGAAACCUCCUUAAACAUCAGAGAUGUCACACGGGUGAGCGUCCCUAUUCGUGUUCAGAAUGCGGGAAAGGCUUCGUUGAGAAAAAUGCACUUGUUAUACACCAGAGAAUACACACGGGUGAGCGUCCCUAUUCAUGUUCAGAGUGUGGGAAAGGUUUCAUCAAGAAAACAGCAUUUCUUAUCCACCAAAGCAGACACUCAGGUGAGCGUGUCUAUUCUUGUUCAGAAUGUGGGAAAUGUUUCUUUCAUAAAGGAGACCUUCGUAAGCACCAGAGAAAUCACACAAGUGAGCGAUCCUAUUCAUGUUCAGAGUGUGGGAAAUGCUUCAAUCAGAAAGGAAACUUUAUUAGACACCAGAGAAUUCACACAGGUGAGCGUCCAUAUUCAUGUUCAGAAUGCGGAAAAUGUUUCAUUCAGAAAGGAGACCUUUAUAGACAUCAGAGAUGUCACACAGGCGAGCGUCCUUAUUCAUGUUCCGAGUGUGGAAAAUGUUUCAUUCAGAAAAGAGACCUCUUUAGACACCAGAGAUGUCACACAGGUGUGCAUCCUUUUGCAUGUUCAGAGUGUGGGAAAGGUUUCACUGACAAAAAUGUACUACUUCUGCACCAGAAGACUCACACAGGUGAGCGGGACUAUUCAUGUUCAGUGUGCGGGAAAUGUUUCAUUCAGAAAAAUUCACUUGUUAGACACCAGAGGAUUCACACCGGUGAGCGCCUUUAUUCAUGUUCAGAGUGUGGCAAAUGUUUCGUUCAGAACGGAGAUCUUAUUGACCACCAAAGGAUUCACACAGGCGAUCGCCCUUUUGCAUGUUCAGAGUGUGGAAAAAGUUUCAGCUACAAAAAAUCACUUAUUUCACACCAGAAAAUUCAUUCUAGCGAGCGUCCUUUUUCAUGUUCAGCGUGUGGGAAAUGUUUCAUCACAAAAGCGCGCCUGAACAAACACCAGAGAAUUCACACCGGCGAGCGCCCUUUCUCAUGUCCAGAGUGCGGGAAAGCUUUCACUAUGAGAGGAGAUCUACUCAAACACCAGAUCAUUCACACGGGCGAGCGCCCCUUCUCAUGUUCUGAGUGCGAGAAAUGUUUCCUUAGGAAAGGAGACCUUCUUCGACACCAGAGAUGCCACACGGGCGAGCGUCCUUAUUCUUGUUCUGUGUGUGGGAAAUGUUUCAGGCAGAAUGGAGUCCUUGUCGUACAUCGGAGAAUUCACACAGACUCUUCCACCAAUGGUCUGGCACUUUCACACUCUUCCACCAAUGGUCUGGCACUUUCGCACUCUUCCACCAAUGGUCUGGCACUUUCGCACUCUUCCACCUAUGGUCUGGCACUUUUGGACUCUUCCACCAAUGACUCUUUUUCCAAUGGUCUGGAACUUUUGGACUCUUCCUCCAACGCUCUGAACCUUUCAGACUCUUCCAUCAAUGUACAUGCUCUGGAGGUUUCAUCCCAUCGUUUGGAUGCUGUACGAGGUGUUCGGGUUUAUCUCUCGGCCACAUGUUCCUUCAGCCUGACUCCCUCAACUUCAUUCCUGAGGGUCCCCCUAAGUGACAGACUGCUUCUUGUUCCACCAUCUCCAAGUGGGUCAAGCAGCUCCUCAUUCAGGCUUAGACUAAAGGAUCAGGUGGAGGUUCAGGCCUCAUCUGAAACCAAAUUCGAAUGUAAGGUCCUUCAGGCUGGCUGUUGUUUCGAGCCGCUGAUUGGAGACUUGACGCCGGUGCUAGAACACCGGCAGAAGAGGAGGAGGAACAGGGCAGCACAGCAGAAAACGGGGCGGUCAGAGGAGGAGGAAUGUGGCAGGCCGGAGGAGGAGGAGGAACGGGGCGGUUAG